AUACACCUCACAUGGUCAAUGGCGAAGUGUGGUCGUUGGCAUUUCACCACAUAAGAAAACAAAAAGGAAGCGUAAAAUUGAAUCAUUUGGACAUCAGAAAGAAAAAAUCGCGAAUCAAGAAGUCUUCAAUAAUUUUCUGGUAUCCAGUAACUGCUUUUUAAGCAGGCGGGUUACGAUUUAUUCCCGCCAUACGGUAAAUUGCUAAUCUGUUAGUAGAGUGUCACAAACAUGGCAUCGAAUGGUGUAGACGGAGAAAGCAGUGCUGAUCGAAAUGUAGAAAUAUGGAAGAUUAAGAAGCUUAUAAAGAGUUUAGAAGCUGCGAGAGGAAAUGGUACGAGUAUGAUAUCAUUAAUCAUUCCACCAAAGGAUCAAAUCUCCCGAAUUGCCAAAAUGUUGGCCGAUGAAUUUGGAACAGCAUCAAAUAUCAAGAGUCGUGUAAACCGUUUGUCAGUGCUGGGAGCUAUUACAUCUGUACAACAGAGGUUAAAGCUGUACAACAAAGUUCCACCCAAUGGAUUAGUGAUAUACUGUGGUACCAUUGUAACAGAUGAAGGCAAGGAGAAGAAAGUGAACAUAGACUUUGAACCUUUCCGACCCAUUAACACAUCCCUGUAUUUAUGUGAUAACAAAUUCCACACAGAGGCAUUGACGGCUUUGUUAGCAGAUGACAACAAAUUUGGUUUUAUUGUGAUGGAUGGUAAUGGAGCUUUGUUUGGAACUUUAUCAGGAAACACAAGAGAAGUCCUACACAAAUUCACAGUUGAUUUACCCAAAAAGCACGGGAGAGGAGGUCAGUCUGCUCUGCGUUUUGCUCGUUUACGUAUGGAAAAACGUCACAACUAUGUCAGGAAGGUUGCCGAAGUUGCCGUACAGCUGUUCAUUACCAACGACAAGCCAAACAUUGCCGGGCUAGUAUUAGCCGGAUCAGCUGAUUUCAAAACAGAACUCAGUCAAUCAGACAUGUUUGAUCCAAGAUUACAAGCCAAGAUCAUCAAGAUUGUCGAUGUAUCUUAUGGUGGAGAAAAUGGUUUUAAUCAGGCCAUUGAACUAGCAACAGAUUCCCUCGCAAAUGUGAAAUUCAUUCAAGAAAAGAAACUUAUAGGUCGUUACUUUGAUGAGAUCUCACAAGACACGGGGAAAUACUGUUUUGGAGUGGAUGAUACUCUGAAGGCAUUAGAAAUGGGAGCUGUGGACAUUCUAAUUGUCUGGGAGAAUUUAGACGUCACAAGAUAUGUGCUGAAGAACCAUGCUACAGAUGUUGAGAAUAUUCUUUUCCUUCGGCCAGAGCAGGAGAAAGACAAAACCCAUUUUAUAGAUAAAGAUACUGGUGUAGAAUUGGAAUUGGCAGAGCAGAUGCCUUUAUUAGAGUGGUUUGCGAAUAACUACAAGAAUUUUGGUGCCACCUUAGAAAUCAUUACCGACAAGUCGCAAGAAGGAGCGCAGUUUGUACGAGGAUUUGGUGGAAUUGGAGGAAUAUUACGAUAUCAGAUAGACUUUCAAGUGUUAUCGGGCCAGGUUUUGGAUGAUCUGGAUGAUGAUUUUGAUCUAGAUGACUAUUGAAGGAUUAGUCCAUUUUCUUCAAGGAACCAAAUUUUUCACAACCGACCGAACUCGCGCUCCAGUGGUGCAAGAUGGGAUAUUGAUUGUGGUUCAGUGAACGUUACAUUACUGGCCUCACUAGGACGUCAUUUUGUGACACUGCCUCUUGCUGAUGAAAAAUGCUUCAGAAUUUUCCAGCUAUGAAUUUACUGUAUUUAUUUCAGGUCUUCUUUAUAAUUAUUACUUAUAUAAAGAGAUGCAAGUCAUGUUUCACACUCAUGAAAAUGCAACUUUCAUUGACCAGUGGCUAAGUGUGUUGUAUUAUUUUAUUUUACCAUUAUUUAAGUUGUAUGUUGAAUUUAUGUACAUGUAUGUUAAUUUCGCAAAAUAUUUAUAUUCUAGAAUUAUUGAUGUUAAAACGUUAGGGUAUGUCAAAUGUGUUAUUAAGGAGAAAUACAUGUAUGUGUAUGAAUACAGUGCUUAAAUCGUUCAGUUUACCCCUUUCCAUGGAUUUUUUUUUCCCAAGUAAAUUUUUUCUAUGAUAAGUCUCAGUCCUAUUCUAAAAAUGCACAAUGUAGUGUAAAAAUAUGUAUGCUGCAAUAUUUUAUAUCAAUAUGAUACCAAGCUACCUUCAUCGAUUUUCAAGCACUUUGAGUAUAAGAUUUAACUAUAAGGAAAAGUGAAAUACAUUUAUUAUAAUUUAUAAGGUUAUAAAUUAAAUCAAUAAGAAAUGGACAUUUAUUAAUGAUUUUCCAUGAUGUUCUUAUCCUCAUUUGUGUUUAAUGAUUUUGUUUAUUGAAUGUUGAAAAUAUAAUGCGUUUAUGUUCCCACUGGCCUUCUGAAAGCAUAUCUAUGUUCUUGAUCUGAAGUUAUUACAUGAAUGAAUGGAGAUUAGUAUGUUUGUCUGUCAUAAUGUGUGCUUCAUUCCAUAUGAUGGACCUGUGCUGGUUAAGUUAAGAUGACAUUUUAAGAGGAAUCUGAAAUUUAAUGAUGCAAUGUGCUUGUAUGUACACUGUAUCAACAUGAAUUACUAUUAAUCUUAUUUGUUAUACAUCUGUUGAUAAUUUGUCAGUUUGAGAUAAUAUAUAUUGUUAUUUAAAGUGCUUUCUUCAAAACUGUUGAUAAUGCAUUUUUGCAAUUUACCAAUUUAAAUUUCAGUGUGUCAAAACCUUAAAAUUUAAUUCCCCCCUUUUUUAAAAAAUAAAAUCCAGCAGUGAUGACUCUUCACACAAUCUACCACUUUUAUAUUAGCAGUCAGAAACUAGACAUGUCUUUGAGUUUUGAUUCACUGGAUAUAUGGUUUUGACAUUUGAUGCUUUUAACAGGUAUUGUGAUCUUGCUUUCAGAUAUUUUCAUGCAUUUAUUUGAACUUCUGGUACACUUUCAUAUUUUACUCAAUCCGAAUGUUCAAGACCCCAUAUUAAUAAAAUUCCUGUAAUAUGAAAUGAAGAAAGAAAAAUUUUGUAAUAUAUUAUCUAGCAAUUGGCAUUAUAUCAAGUUUAAAUCAAAAUAAUGAAGAUAUUUAUCUGAUUUCUUAGACUUGUAAACUAUGUUGCUAAAACAUUGAUUCAUUACAGAUUUUGUACUACCUCAUGUGUCUUAUUAAGUUUUGACUUGAAUUACAAAAUGAAUACAAGAAAGAUAUUGCAUCUGCUGAGGAAAUAAUGAAGUGUUUUAAAUACAAUGGACAUCUAGUUGUGUAUUUUAUGUCUUUGCUAAUUGCUUUCUGAAAUCAAGAGUAUUGUCUGCUAUGUUUAAAGAAAGGUCAAACUUGGGUACUUGGUACCCGGGUAUUUUUUAAAGAAACACAGAAUAAAACAUGGUUGUCAUGA